AUGUCGGAGCAAGUGUCAGGUCUGCGAGGGAUGAGGUCUCCAAAACUGAGGACAUUGGCUCAAGCUUUAUCUCCAGCAUUUCUAAGAUUUGGAGGGACAAGACAAGAUUUCAUGACCUUCAACCCUGCAUUUUUACAUUCAAAUGAGUAUCACAAAAACUCUGUUUUUGACGCAGAUGAUCUCUGUGAAAGGCUGGAGCUACCCCCAAUACUGGAGGAGAGGCUGAAGCAGGAAUGGUCUCUACAGGAAGUAGUUCUCCAGAAAGAGGACUUGCAGAGGAAGUACCGGAGUGUAAAGUUCACAGAGUAUGCAGUGGAUCUACUGUACUCUUUUACAAACUGCUCUGGAUUAGACCUCAUCUUUGGGCUCAACGAGCUGCUCAGGACCACUGGCAACUCCUGGGACAGCAGCAAUGCCAGGACCCUCAUACAGUACUGUGAAUCCAAACAGUACAGCAUGGCCUGGGAGCUGGGAAAUGAGCCCAACAGUUAUGAGAAGAAGGCAGGGAUCCGGGUGAACGGAUACCAGCUGGGCCAAGACUUCAUUCAACUCAGGGGGAUUCUGCGGGAAUCCAAACUUUACCAUGACACUGGACUCUAUGGACCAGACAUUAGCCAACCUCGAGACCACCGGAGAGACUUACUGGAGGGGUUCUUGGAAAGUGGGGCAGAAGCAAUUGACGCAUGCACCUGGCACCAUUACUAUGUCAACGGAAGACACACAUCUUUAAAAGAUUUCCUAGACCCCGAGGUGCUAAACACUUUAGCCCUGAAAACACAUGAAGUCAUGGAGAACGUUGAUCUGGCAUCCCCUGGGAAGAAGGUGUGGCUUGGAGAGACUAGUUCUGCCUAUGGAGGCGGGGCUAAGGGUCUGUCUGACACAUUUGUCGCUGGAUUCAUGUGGCUGGAUAAACUGGGCCUUGGUGCAAAGCUUGGUUUAGAUGUUGUAACCAGGCAGGUUUUGAUUGGAUCUGGGACUUACCAUCUGGUAGAUGAUAACCUCGAUCCACUUCCUGAUUACUGGCUAUCAGUUCUGUACAAGAGGCUUGUUGGACCAGAGGUGCUGAGUAUAGAAGCCUUUUCCAUUUUGGGAAAGACUAAAAGAGUACGGGUCUACCUACACUGCACUAACAAGAAAAGUACAAGCUACAAAAUUGGAGCAGUCACAUUGUUUGCUCUGAACCUGAGUAAGAGCCCUGCGAGGAUCGCUGUGCCUGCCAUGGUCUCUAACAGCACUGUGCCUGGCGAGGAGGGACUCUACUCGAAGUCUGUGAAACUCAACGGAGAGGUGUUGAAGAUGGUGGAUGACCGAACUCUUCCAUCACUCCAGGGAACUCCUCUUGCUGCAGGAGAACAUUUCAGACUCCCUGGUUAUUCCUUUGCCUUCUAUCUCCUCAGCGAGGCCCAGGCACUGGCCUGCCGAUGACCCCAGCUGGAGAGGAGGACUUGAGAAGAUGGAUGUAUAUUCACUGUCUAAGAGGGAAACACUUGACUAUUACUCUAAACACUGCUGUAUGUUUUUGCCAAAGAAUGUUAAAAAGGUGAAUGUGGUAAAAGGAUUCAAUAUAUUUUUUAAAUAACUUUGUUUUCAGUUACAGAGCCAGUCAAACAUUCCUUCAAGACUAUUGGAAAAUCAUUCCAGGUGAAGCUGGUUGAGAGAAUGCCAAGCGUGUGCAAAGCUGUCAUCAAGGCAAAGUGUGGCUAUUUUGAAGAUUCUCAUAUCUAAAAUAUAUUUUGAUUUGUUGAACAAUUUUUUGGUUACUACAUGAUUCCGUAUCAGUUAUUUCAUAGUUUUGAUGUCUUCACUAUUAUUCUACAAUGUAGAAAAUAGUAAAUACAAAGAAAAACCCUUGAAUGAGUAUGUGUGUCCAAACUUGUACUAUACAUAUAUAAUAUAUAUAUAUAUUUCAGUUGAAGUCGGGAAGUUUACAUACACUUAGGUUAGAGUCAUUAAAACUUGUUUUUCAACCACUCCACAAAUUUUGUGUAAACAAACUAUAGUUUUGGCAAGUCGGUUCGGAUUAAAGAAAUCACUGUAUCACAAUUCCAGUGGUUAAGAAGUUUACAUACACUAAAUUGACUGUGCCUUUAAACGGCAAAUAAAAAUCCAGAAAAUGAUGUCAUGGCUUUAGAAGCUUCUGAUAGGCUAAUUGACUUCAUUUAAGUCAAUUGGAGGUGUACCUGUGGAUGUAUUUCAAGGCCUACCUUCAAACUCAGUGCCCCUUUGCUUGACAUCAUGGGAAAAUCAAAAGAAAUCAGCCAAGACCUCAGAAAAAAUAAUUGUAGAACCCCACAAGUCUGGUUCAUCCUUGGGAGCAAUUUCCAAACACCUGAAGGUACCACGUUCAUCUGUACAAACAAUAGUACGCAAGCAUAAACACCAUCGGACCAGGCAGCCAUCAUACCGCUCAGGAAGGAGACGCGUUCUGUCUCCUAGAGAUUAACGUAUUUUUGUGCAAAAAGUGCAAAUCAAUCCCAGAACAACAGCGAAGGACCUUGUG